AUGGAAAGAGACUAUUUUUUCGUCACUUUCACAAACCAAGAAGACGUGACAAUGGUACUGGAGAAAGGGCCAUGGCUCAUAGGGAACUCAUAUCUUUACACUCAGAAGUGGGAUAACACGUUUGAUGCUAAGGUGCACAGGGUUCGGCACUUGACCGUUUGGACGAGACUCCCCGGACUCCCUGGUCACUACUGUAACAAUUCUUUCCUGAGAAGAAUUAGCCAAUUGAUGGGAAGAGUGGUUCAUAUAGAUCACCAAACUGAUACAAAGACCCGGGGUAAAUUUGCAAGAUUUGCAAUGGAGAUUAACCUUACAAUGCCCCUUGUUUCACAAUUUGAAUUGAGAGGGAGGAACCAGCUGGUAGAAUACGAGAGUUUGAACUGUAUUUGCAUGACUUGUGGUCGUGUUGGCCAUUUCUCUCAAGAUUGUGCUUAUGGGGAACCAAAAACGGUGCCUCCGGCAGAAGAGGAUCAACCGACCGGUGGACAAAAGGCUGAGGCAAACGCCGGAGGUAACACUGAUCAUACUGCUGGACAAAAGAAGCAAAUUUUUGGGGAAUGGAUGCAUGCCGUCAAAUUGGGAAGGCAGAGGAUUCCCUAUGCUCUGAGGCAAAUCAGAGGAGCCACAACGCCACACAUGGAUAGGUCCCGUUUUGCGGCUCUCAAUAGUUUGAAAGAGGAUGUUUUGCCUGAUGACACAACCAAGAUUUCCGGGGUGUCAGCCGACUUUGAACGGAGGAGAGAAUAUGUCCCAUCAACAGCACAAGUGGUCCUGAGAAAAGAGAAGCCCAAAGAAAAAGAAAAGGCCCAGACAAUUACCAUGUGGAGGGAAUAG